GAGUGUGAUGAAGAGAGGGAGAGAGGGAUUUGCAACAGAGAGGAGAGAAAGAGAGGGGGCAGUGACACUCAGUGACAGAGUGUCAUAUGCGCACACACACUCUCUUUUUUAUUGUCUCUCUCUGUGAACGUGUGUCGGUAAAUCUGUCAGUCAGUUUAGUCACUUUUGUGGGGGGAAAUGGUGAGAGGACCUCCAAAUCAAUCAUCCUAUCUAUGACCUACGGACCAAGAAGAAACACACAAGGACACAGGAAGACUGUUUUUUACACAGAGGACAGUCGCCAGUCAGUCCAUUACUGGACACCAGGGCUGUCUGAGAGUUGGGAGGCAUCGAGCCUGUUUGGACUGCUGCUGCACUAAGACAGAGAGGUGGAUUAACACACAACCCUGACACACAGACAAACUCAGUCUGCUCCCAAAGCCGUGGCCAUGUCGUCUCCCUCUCUCCCCAUGCCCUCCCUCCCCCCCAGUCCACUGGCGAUGGAGUACCUCAAUGACUUUGACCUCCUUAAGUUUGAGGUGAAGCCUGACACUCCUCCUCUCCCUCCCCCCUGUACAUUCCCCAAGUCUGGCCUCCCCCACGACCCCUCCACUUCCCCUGGUCCCUACACUAGCCUCAGCUCCAGCCCAUACAACUCCAUGCCCCCCUCUCCAACGCUGAGCGAUGCCCACCCACCUCCCUCAGCCUCUUCCUCCCUCUCCCCUUCCUCCUCCUCCAUAUCCUUCCCUCUGUCCAUCUCAAACAGCUACACCUCUGGCAUCAGUUCUGGAUCUCAGGGGAAUGUGGAGGGUAGCCCCUCCAAUGGGGGUGCCCAGGGUCCUAACCCUGCCUCUUUGGAGGACCUGAUCUGGCUGGCAGCGCUGCAGCAGCAGUUUGGAGGGGAGGCGGGGGGACCUGCGUCCCUGCUGGGGGCCUUGGGAGGCGGGCCAGAGCGGGGAGACAGAGAAAGAGGGUCGGUCGGCAGCUUCCUGGGCUGUGAGGACGCAGUGGAGGCUCUACUGAACUCAGCUGCUGCAGCUGUAAACUCACAGUUCCCAGUGCUUUCCCAGAGUUCCAGCAGUAACCUGGGGGAUUCAGGCAGUGACAGUGGAGGUGACAUUUCCUGCGCCAAGGGGACAGAUAUGUGCCAUCGUCCACUCCUCUACCUCUCCUCUGUCCCUCAAUCGCUCCCCGACACCAACCCCUCUUCAGCAUCCUACCCACAACCCCAGAGCCCAUCUGACCGACUUCAUCACCAUCAUCCACAUCAUCAUCAUCACCACCCGCACCACCCCAUGCAUGGCCAUCAUCAUCACCAUCAUCAUCACCUCCAAUGUGGUGGGGUGGAUGAGCGUUUCUCAGACGAGCAGCUUGUGAGCCUGUCGGUACGGGAGCUGAACAGACACCUGCGUGGCAUCAGUAAGGACGAGGUGGUGCGUCUCAAGCAGAAACGUCGUACGCUAAAGAAUCGAGGCUACGCCCAGUCCUGUCGCUACAAACGCUUGCAGCACCGCCAUGCACUGGAGUCCGAGAAACACGUCCUCACACAACAGUUGGAACAGCUACAGCGUGAGCUAUCUCGGGUGCUGAGGGAGAGGGACGCCUACAAGGCUCGCUACGAAAAGCUUGUCAGUACAAACGAGGCUCCAUCUACCAACAACCCCCCCUCACCACCCCCUGACUACUUCCUCUGAGGACAUACCAAGACGAGACGACAGAGAAAGUGAGGGAUGAGAGCGGGGUGAAAGUGCAGGUCAGCCUAAAUAAGGCCGUCACUGAGAAAUCAGACUUUGGGAGGGAGGGAGGGUUUGGAGUGUGUGCGUGUGUGGAGGUUGGCAGGCGGGUAGUGGGGUUAGGACUAGGACCUACGCUACCAGUCAAAGGUUUGGACACACCUACUCAUUCAAGGUUUUUUACAUUGUAGAAUAAUAGUGAAGACAUCAA